AUGGAUACUUCAACAAUUUCCGAUGAGUUUCCAGUCGGACAACUCAAGGCAGAGUGCCUUGGUCUUGAGAUACCCGGCAUAAACCAAAGCCUAUGGGACAUGUUUGCUGCGGCUGCAGAAAAACAUUUGAAUGAAGAAGCUCUUUGUUCGCUUUGGCAGCCUUCAGAUCAUCUUAGCUCGAGAUUCGAAAUCGAACAAACAGACCUUGAGACGCAUAUAACACCAAUUACCAAUGAAAAUGGGGUCGAAAUGGUCACACCUAAAGCAUUCUCAGCGCCACUGAGAUGGACUUUUGGCCAGCUUCGGGAGAAGGCCGAGUCAUUGGCAAUUUGGUUGCAACAACGUGGCUGUACUAAGGGUGACAAUCUUGUAGCUUUCGUUUGGAAUUCAGCGGAAUGGGUCUUGUUUUUGUGGGUUGCCGCGAGGCUCAGAAUGCCAUUUGUACCGUUGGAUCCAAGGAGUUCGGAUAAAGAUAUUAUGCAUUAUCUGAGCCUGGCUCCCCCUCAAGUCUUAGUUGUUUUAGAUCCAGACAUGACCCCGAUUCUUGAAAGUCUCGGAAAUGUCAAAGUUCGGAUAUCACUUUCUAAAGUUUCCGAAGGGAGAAUGAAUUGGCAUUCACUGUAUGGAAUAAUGGGCAACUUGCCAAUGGAAAACAUUUCAUUUGCUCCUUUGAAUGAUGAUUGUACAGAACUGGGUCAGGAACUUGCUAUGAUCCUCUCCACAAGUGGGACAACUUCAGUUCCAAAGGGAUGCCCUCACACUGCAUCAAACAUCUGGUCUGCAACAUACGACUAUGAUCCUGUUGCCCGAAAAAACGGCUGUCAAAAUAAGUGGCUUAUCCACACACCAGUGUGGCAUAUCUUUGCAAUGGGCCAAGCUAUACGAGGCUGGAGGGAUGGAAGCUCUGUGGUAUUUGCUACCGAGAAGUUCGACGUGACUGCCUCCUUGCGAGCGCUCCAAAAUGAGAAUAUUACACAUGUUGGAGCCGUUCCCCUACUAGUAAAAGCACUUGUCGCACACCCAGAAUUUCCUGGCAAGGAUUCACUGUCUCUAUCGUACGUAACCAUGGGAGGAACAUUGAUAAAAGAUGAAGAUGUUAGGUUCUGCAAGGAGCAUCUUGGUAGCGAGGCAGUCAUUCAAGGCUUUGGUAUGACAGAGGGCUCUCCUAUGGUAAGCUGGAGGCGCGAUGAUCUAAUGCUUAAGAACGGCUAUCAUCUCGGAGUGGGAAAAGUUUUACCAGGUGCUAGACUAAAGAUAUGUUCUCCGAAAUCCAAUGUGCCUCUAAAUAAAGACGAAGCUGGAGAACUCCAUAUUGGCGGGACUUCCGUCAUCGAUGGAUUUUUGAAUGGUAUAGAUUCAGAAUCGUUUUAUACGGAUGACGUUGGGAAGUGGUUUGUUACCGGCGAUCAAGCUAUGAUAGACACAGAUGAUGUCCUCUACAUCAGUGGACGAUAUAAAGAUAUCAUCAUUCGUGGAGGUGAGAACUUGGUUCCGUCGAAAAUAGAAUAUUGCCUUCAGGACCUUGGCAUAACCGCUCAAGUGAUUGGCAUCGGGGAUUCCAUAGCCGGUGAGGUUCCCGUCGCAGUCUUACAGUCUUGUCCUAAGGAAGUCACCAAGGCACAUAUGUUCAAAGCUAUAGUAGAAAGUUUGGGUCAGAUAUAUGCACUCCAUUCUAUCAUAACAUUAGAUGAACUUCAUCUAAAAGCCUUUCCGAUGACUGCGACAGGAAAGAUUCGGAAGGUGGAAUUGAAAGAUAUAGUCAAUAAGCAUUUCGCCACAAUCUCAGAAGCGAAAAAAACAAAACCCAGCGAGAAAUUAAUCGCUCAAUUGCGGGGGAUCUGGGCAGAGCUUACGAACGCAACCCCAGAUGAGAUUUCAGUCGAAGACGAUGUAACAAAUUUUGCCGAUAGCAUUACAAGAUUGAGGUUUUGUAAGAUCUUGUGGACCAGACUUGGUCAAAGAUUGUACUUGCCAGAUUUAGAGAAAAACAAUACCAUUGAGCAGCAGACAAAGCUUCUCAUUGAACGAGGCUAUCAUGGAGACUCAUCUACUUUCCUUUCAGAUGACGUAACCUAUGUUGAGGACCAAUGCAAUCCGACUGCAUCUAAUCAAUCCUGUCAGAAAGUACCACACUCUCAAGGAGAAAAUGCACGCCAAAAUCAUCAUACUUUAGCCGAGACGACUAACGCAGCUUUGCAAAAGUUCGGUCUAACAUGGGAGAAUGACAUAGAAGAUGUUUUGGCAAUAAAAGACACAUUUCAGGAGUUUGCAAAAGGACAAAGACCACAAUCAUAUCGCCACAGAAUAGCAUUCGAAAUCAAGGAUCGCAAUUCUAACCAGAUCCGUGCAGCAUUAGAGAAAUCUCUUUUGACCAGACCGGUUUUGCGCACAGUCUUAGUCGAAGUUUCGGGUGCGACAGCUGUUCACGCGGUCCUCCGUCCAUCUCAAGCUGUGUACGACAUAUUGAUCUCGCGGAGGAAUCUCUCUCACGAGUCAGAAAUCCAAGAAUAUCUAAUUGAUGAUUCCGACCAAAGCUUUGAAGAUCGAAUGUUCCAAGCUAUAAUUGCAGAUGUUGAGGGCAAGGAUACAUCAGCGUUGAUCUUGACUUUAAAUCAUUCCGUCUUUGAUGCAUUGUUCGCAUAUGGAUGGUAUAGCGAUCUCGAUAUGUUUAUACAAAAUCCAAAAGCAACAGCGACCCCUGGCACGCCCUUUAGACUUUUCGCUGAUCUGUAUCAACAAUACCAAGAUAGCUCACUCGCUCUCUCAGAUGUCAACUUUCAUGUUAGGAGGCUUCGAGGUAUUUCAAGAUUUACCGAGGCUCUAUGGCCACCGAAGCGAGCUCCUGGUUGGAUGGUUGGGAAUGACAGCAAAUCGAAAGAUUUCAUCACUCGUAACACCACAAGAAGGAAGCUUAACAUAAAUUCACAGCCGAGACCAAGACUUGCUCGAGUGCAGGAUUUCCCUGAUAUUGAGCGGCUUCGGACGCAGUACUUUAUCCAAGCACCAGUCAUCGUUAAAACUGCUAUCUCCAUCUUCAACGUCAUACAAACAGGAAAGCCACAUGCGAUUUUCAAGAACUUCGACGCAGGUCGUAACUGGCCAUUCCUUCCAGAGUGGAUUGCAGAUCGUCUGCCUUCUGCCAUGAGCAUUGAUGGCCCCACUUUGACUUGGAACAUGAAUAUGAUACAGAUUAAACCAAAAGAAACUUGUGGUGAACUCUUAAAAAGAAUAGGCGAAGAUGAGAAAGCGCUGAGCGAAGACGAGGGGCCUAUUGCGAAAGAGGCUGCGAUGAGACAAGCAUUCAAUUGGGAUUUGAGCAUGAAGUAUCUUGAUUCUAGUGUUAGCGACUAUUCGACUCUGAAACCUUUGGGAAGAAUGGACUGGCCUGACUGUGGCUUCUUCUGGAACUGUGGUAUGGCAAAUAUGGAACGCUUCUGCUGUGUGGUAUCCUGGGACGAUACGCAAUUAGAUAUCAAUGAAAUCAACGGCUAUGUGAGCAAAUUGCUUGAGAUCAUCGGGUGGAUCACACAUCCUAGGAAUUGGAACAAUUCGGUGUCGAGCUUUCAAGGGUUUCCGAUGAUGACGUAA